AUGUAAAGACUUUAGUAAACUAGAGCUCUAAAGGAAGUAUUGCUGUAGAUUCUAAAAGAAGAAACUAAAGUAAUGGCACUAAAGAUUCAAUUAUCUAUGCCCGAGAAAAAAUAGCAACAUAGAUUAGGCAAUUAAAGAGCUUAAAAAAUCAAUAAUCAAAUUAAGCUAGAGAGGAUUAAUGAAGAUCAGAUUAAAUAGCUUAAUCCCAAGAAUACUGGCAGAGAUACUGCAAAAGAAACAUAAAAGGCCUAUGAGGCGUUGAGAAUCGUUGAAGAAAUCAGAAAGUCUAAAGAGUAAUAUGAAAUGAAAUAACAGCUAAAGCCUAUAGAGAGUUAAUCACCAGAUGGCAUGAAAACUCCUGAGCUAUCAAUGAUGCAAGAUUCCGUGUAAACACACUAAAACAUUUAAAAUAGUCAUUCAAUGAUGAAUGGAUCAGAUUUUAAGAUUAGAGAUUCUAUUAAUGAUAGAGAGGAAGAAAAGAUUUAAGACAAACUUAAAGCGAAUCCUUCUUAGAAACAGGCUAGAUUUUUUAAUGAUCAAUCUUUUGGAAGAAUACCAACUGUAAAUGACUAUUAAACAAGAUAAAACUAAAUUCCUUAGAAUUAGGCUUCAUUUGAGUUUUAAUCAAAGGCUGAAUAAAUUAAGACACAGUCGUAGUAAUAAACUUUAAGGCCUAUGUUUUAAUAAACCAAAAGAUCUAGCAACAAUUACAAUGAACAGCAAACUCAGGAAUAAAAUCUAGAUUUAAAUAAUGAAAUUAAUAAUAAUAAUUUAUAAUUGGAAACUAUAAAUAUGAGUUAAAGCUUAUUGAACCAAUAAAACUCUUAUAUCAGCAGUGUACUUCCAAAAAACUUAGACAAAUAUGAUAGAAAUAACAACUAUAUAAAUAAUAUGAUGGACAUGUAGCAAAACCAUCUAAGAUUUCAACUGAAUUCAAAAAAUCUAGAUAAUUCUAUUUAAAAUCACUCAUUUCAGCAGGUCCUAAAUAAAAACUUAAACAAUAAUAAUGGAGUACUGAAACCUACAAAAUAAUAUAAUUCACCAUAGCCUCAUUAGAAACAAAAGCUAAACCUUCCUCUAGUAGCUCAUUCAAACGAUAGCAGGGAUGGCCUUAAUUUAGACUCAAAUGAUAAGUAUGUUACUCCAAAAUACCAUUCAAAUGACAAAGCUUUGAGAAAUCAGAGAAUGCCCUCUCCUCUAAAGAUGAAUAUAAAGCAAAAUUUGCUAAAGGAUAAUUAGCAGCUAUUUCAAGAUUAUGGAAUCCAACCAAUCUAGAUAGCAAAUGAAGAUUUCUAUUAAUAGCAGAGAUAAUAGCACUCAAUUGUAUAAAGUCCAAAUAUAAAUAGGAUUUAAAAGUAAAAGGUAAUUAUGAAUACGUAUCUCACCCCAAUUGUCUUUAUCAGCAAAGAUUUUCAUCUUCGUAAUGAUGAGGUAUAUUUGGACUCAGAGGUAGACGACUUAACUAAAAAUUAAAUGACGCUUAAAAAUUACAAACAGCUUGUUGACAAUUCAUAGAAUUAGUUGUACCAUUUCCCCUAGUAACUAUAAUCGCCUCAGUAAUAAAAAUAGCUGAAGUAUUAAAAUCCUUAAUCUAACAAUUAUUUAAUUAGACAUUAGCUAAACCAAGAAGAGCCAAGAGGAAGGUCUAAUAAGAGGUAAUUUGCAGAUCCUAAUUCAGUCCAAAUGACUGAUUAAUUAUACAAAUAAAGUCCUCAAUAGUUUAAACAACAAGCUUUCCAAUAUAAUUAAAGUCCAGAACCAAUAUACGAGGAGAAUCAAUAUUAUAAAGAUCCUUAGACAAAGCCAAGGAGAGGACAUCGUAGAAUAAACUCUAAUAAUGUAAACUAAGAGAUAUUACCCUCGCUUACUAAUAAUUACAGCAAUUUGAAUUUCGAUUCAUAGUAGUUUAACACAUCUGACCAGGUUUUAAGUACAAAUAAUCAUAAUAGCUAGUUCAAAGUUCCAACUAUUAAGAAUCAAAGAAAAGGAAACAUUCAAGAAGUUGAUGGGCUUUUCAAUCAUGAUGGUACUAUUAUAGCAGAGAGUGGAAGGAAAAAGAAUCUUAAUGAGCAGAGCUAGGAAAUUAAUUCAAGACUAGAAAGAAAACAUAGAUAAAAUCAAAGCAGUGUUGAGAAUUAACAGAUAUCUGAAAGAAAUCGAUCUCUUGAGUCAUAGAGAGAUAAAAAUAGUCAGGAAAAGAUUGAUAAUCAGAGGUUGAUGCUUUUUAACAAUGACUCAUUUGAUAAUUCUUAAAUUAAUCCUUAUUAUGAAGUCGAUCUUGACUCUCAGGUUAAACAAUUAUGCUUUGAAUUAGAGUACCAGCUUAAUACAGGUAGCCAUAGAAUAGACUUAACAAUUAGGAAUUUGAGGUUAAAGCAUCCAAUCUUUAGACAAAUAUCAAUAAGUGCCUUUAAUUAUAUCAUAGAAAAUUCCUUCCUAUUCAAACUAAGGCCUAAUUAGGGUGCAUAUAAGGAGGGUUUGAAAGCUAUGAAAAAUAUCUAUUUUGUUUUGUAUGGACAGUUUAACCUUAGGAGCACAAAAAGAGGUAUUAUUGGAGAGUCAAUAGCAUUAGGCUAGACUUUAGGAGAGGAGAUAAUAUUUUAAGAAACUUAGCCUGUAGUGAGAAAAGAGAGUUGUAUCUCUGAUGAAGAUGCUGGGCUGUUAUAAAUGAAUGUAGAUGAUUUACAUGCAAUGAAUAAUUACAGAUAAAAAAAAGGUGGCGGCAUCUCAAUGAUCAAGGACUACUAGGUGCUUCUUGAUAUACUUGAGUAAAACUAUUAAGAGAAGUCUGAACUUAGAAAGUAAGCAGGAAAAUGA